GCCAGGCUUAUCGCGCCGCAGACGGACUGUCCGAAGCCAGCGCCCCGACUGGCAGCGCCAGCACAUCACAAAUGCCUCCUCCGUCCAACUCGUCUCGCUUUGCUCUCCUAACUCGACCAGACCCCUCCGGCAGCAAGACCCCCUAAACCGAUCACGAUCUAACCGACCAGCCCAACGUACUACCGUCUGCCCCAUCCCAUCAGAGCGAAGUGUCACCGUCCCAACAAUGCUGGAUACCUUCGAGAUCGUCACCACCGCUGGUGUGGUGAUAUGGUCCCGCAAGUGGGCGCCGGUCAAGCCCUCGGUCAUCAACAACUUCAUAACCGAUGUCUUUGUUGAGGAGAAGGGCUCAUCCAGCUUUGUCAAGGCGAACAACUCCGCGGCCACCAAUGCGCCGUACAAGACUGAACAGCACACCCUGCGAUGGACCAUGGUCAAGGAGCUCGGCAUCAUCUUCGUCGCUGUCUACAGGUCCUUGCUCCAUCUGUCCUGGAUAGACAAGCUCGUCGACAACAUCAAGACUAUUUUCGUUCAGCUGUACGGCGACCAGUUGACGAAACCGAACACCACACAAGUCGACUGCUCCCAGUUCGACAAGUACUUCGACCAGCAGAUUCAAGAGCUCGAGCAACUCGGGGAGAAUCGCCCCGUCCAACCUCAACAGCCCAGGGCCUCCAGAGAGAAGGAUGUUGUGUCUGGGAAAGAGGGCGACGACCCUCCAUCACCCGAGACCGCCCCCUCCGUCGAGUCCACACCUGUGACCUCUCGGCCUGGCACCCCUGCGAACAAUGCCGUGCUCGGUGGCGACGCAAGCCCAGCAGCUAAGCUAUCGAGACGAGCCCGCAAGGCGGUCAACCGCACCAACUCUGCCCCUGCAUCCGGAGACGAGACCGCAUCGCGCAAGAACAAGGGUGCGGCCAAGCAGGCUAAGAAGGGUCGCAAGUGGGACGACGACGGACUGCCCCUGGAGGACGACCCUGACGUGAAGCUCGACUACUCUGGUGAUACUGGUGACGUAGCUGUCGGUCGGUCCUCGGCGCUCGAGGAGGUUGACUCCUCGACAUGGGGCUCCACUAACAAGGGGAAGUUUGUGCUGAGGGACCUUGGUGACGAAGUUCACUCGAUCCUCGCCGACGCAGAAGCCAAGAAGUCGGCCACCAGCACCGAGACUGCAAAUGGCGGCCUGGUAGGCACAGGUCUGAGCGCCAUCAGCGGCCUCUUCCGUAACGUUGUCGGCGGCAAGAAGCUGACCAAGGAGGACCUGGACAAGGCGAUGAAGGGAAUGGAGGAGCACUUGCUACGGAAGAACGUGGCAAGAGAGGCGGCUGUCCGGCUGUGCGAAGGCGUCGAGAAGGAGCUGAUCGGAGUCACGACCGGAAGUUUCGAAAGCAUCAGCACGCGCAUAAAGACCGCAAUGGAGGCAUCGCUGACCAAGAUGCUGACCCCGACGUCGUCCAUGGAUCUCUUGCGCGAGAUCGACUCCAUCACCUCGCCUUCCGCGACAUCGAUGCGCAAGGCCAGGCCCUACGUGAUGUCCAUCGUCGGUGUCAACGGCGUGGGCAAGUCCACGAACUUGUCCAAGAUCUGCUUCUUCCUGCUGCAGAACAAGUACAAGGUGCUGAUCGCCGCAGGUGAUACCUUCCGUUCUGGAGCCGUCGAGCAGCUCGGAGUGCACGUGCGAAAUCUGAAGGAGUUGACGGCACGUGAGGGUGGUGAGGUUGAGCUAUACCAAAAGGGCUAUGGCAAGGACGCUGCCACUGUGGCAAGGGAUGCCGUGCAGUUUGCCAGCCAGCAGGGCUAUGAUGUCGUGCUGAUUGAUACGGCCGGACGGCGGCACAACGACCAGCGACUGAUGUCGUCGCUGGAGAAGUUCGCCAAGUUCGCGCAGCCCGACAAGAUCCUCAUGGUGGGCGAGGCUCUGGUCGGAACGGAUUCUGUGGCCCAGGCUCGCAACUUCAACGCGGCGUUUGGGUCAGUACGGACCCUCGACGGGUUCAUCAUCUCCAAGUGUGACACUGUGGGAGACAUGGUCGGCACGCUCGUCAGUCUCGUCCACGCCACAAAUGUCCCAGUACUAUUUGUGGGUGUUGGGCAGCACUAUUCAGACCUUCGGAAUUUUUCAGUUUCUUGGGCCGUUGAAAAACUACUGGGUGGAAACUGAACUAACCAUGAUCUUGUGGCGUUUGCUUGAUAGGAGCCAACACCUCACUUUAAUCGUCUACUUGAUGCACACACACAUUCUUCACUCUAUCAAAGUUACUUACACUGUUUAUUUGACCUUAGUCAAACUUGCACCUAGCCCAACUGCCAUACCGCGACUGUGAAUGCAUAAUUCAUUGACUGAACUGUGAUUGAUCUCGACCAAAGCUUCCUAUUAGUGUGUUCCCUAGACAGCAUUUCAAAUCGCGAGUUUCUUGGUGGGAUACAUGGCCUGUCACAAUGUGGGUGGGGCCCUCACCACUCUGGCCAUCCAAUUUCACCAAAGCUCUCCAAGUCAACGGGUUGCCUCUUCCCAUUGUUACCAGGGAACAGUGAGAGUUCCCUCGAGACUUAUUUAAGACCUGCUGUGUCUCCCCACCAAGCCAUCGUUCCUCCCUCCUUGAUCACCAUUAUGCCAUCCAAGAAACGGCCCUCGUCGAUGACCUAUCCCUCUGCGCCUGGUUCUGAUGUCCACCACAGCCAGAGCUUCUGGUCGUAUCCCAGUUUGACAUCCACGCCUGCCUGCUCUGAGCACUCUGUCCAGACCCAGCGCAGCGAGGACAACUACGGCCGACUGAAGGUCUUGCUCGACUACCCCGCACACUCGAAAAAAACACACAUGCUGGAAGAGGCGGACAUCUGGCGUGCUGAGAAGCUACGCGUCAAGCUUUCCGCCAUGGCUCAAGCCUGUCGAGAGUGGGAGCGAGCGCUGGAGAAAAGCAGUUCCUCGAAGGAGCACAUCCCACAGGAGACUGUCCUGGUGGCUGCCGACGAGGCUCUGAAGCCGGAGCAGGACCAGGAUGCCACGCUCCAGUCUGCCGCAGAGAAGAUCUCUUUGACCAUGAAGGAACACGGUCUCACCUUCGACAUUGUUGUCUCGGAGCAGAGUGGCGCUUGUGAAUGGACUCUGUUCAUGAGCGGUCUUUUGGUCUCCAAGGGUGUGAGACACAAUUCCAACGAGCUGUUUACGGCAAGCUUCUACGAGGAUGAGAUUGAGCUGGCCGUCAAGGUCAGCAGGUUUUACAGGGAAAAAUACUGCAGGAACGAGUCAAUGUUCAAGUCUGUUUGAAGGUCCACUUUUUUGAGACAAAUUGGAAAAGUUGACCGUGAAAUUGGUUAAAAGAUGAUGCUAGUAUGAUUUUGGGUAGUUACCAGGUACCAGCAAGAACGAAAGUCUCAUUGGCAUGGUUGUUUGUGC